AUGUCUGCUUCUGCUUCCUCCGCCGCUGUUUCUGACCACCCCGCUCUGUCAUCCACUUCAACCCCGCAUUCAAGCGACAACACCGUCUCGUUGUCCUUGAUCAAUCGCUGCGGUGAUAGCAAGAGUCCUUAUGUCCGCUCCCAUCUUUCCAACCCGACAGCAUGGCAAUUAUGGACGCCCGACACGAUCGCCCUCGCGCAGAAGACGAAUCGCUUGCUGUUUGUCAGCAUUGGCUAUUCAGCAUGCCAUUGGUGCCAUGUUAUGGCUCACGAGUCCUUCGAUGACCCACACAUUGCCAAGAUCCUGAAUGAGCACUUCAUUCCAGUUAAGAUUGAUCGAGAGGAGCGACCAGACAUUGAUCGCCAAUAUAUGGACUUCUUGCAGGCCACGAGUGGUGGUGGUGGCUGGCCGUUGAACGUAUUCGUCACCCCGGACCUCGAACCCAUCUUCGGCGGCACAUACUGGCCAAGCCCGAGCAGUGAGCGUGCAUCUCGAGGAGGUGGGCCUGACUUUGAACAGAUCUUGCUCAAGGUCGCGGGAGCCUGGAAGGAGCAAGAGCAGCGAUGCCGGGACAGCGCGAAGCAGAUCAUCCAGCAGCUGCGAGAAUUCGCGCAGGAGGGUAUGCUCGGCGAACGUGGUGAUGGCAAACCCGAUGAUGGACAGAAUGUCAGCUUGGAACUGGACAUCCUAGAAGACGCCUUUGUUCACUACCGGAAACGAUUCGAUUCCAAGUACGGUGGUUUUGGCGGCGCUCCCAAAUUCCCAACUCCCGUGCACAUUCGACCACUUUUACGAGUCGCUUGCUACACGAAAGAAGUCCGUGAAAUCGUUGGAGAGGACAUGUGUGUGGAGGCACGCGACAUGGCUGUCAAGACGUUGGAGUGUAUGGCCAAGGGUGGUAUGAAGGACCAGGUCGGCCAUGGGUUUGCACGAUACUCCGUGACUAGAGACUGGAGCCUGCCACAUUUCGAGAAGAUGUUGUAUGACAACGCACAGCUCCUUCCAGUCUACCUGGAUGCCUAUUUGGUCACCAAGUCGCCAUUGUUCUUGGACACCCUCAAGGACAUUGCCACAUAUCUGACGAGCCCACCAAUGGCCUCCCCACUUGGAGGUAUCAAUUCUUCCGAGGAUGCUGACUCGCUCCCAACAUCAGGUGAUGAGCAUAAGCGGGAAGGCGCAUAUUACGUGUGGAAAAUAGAGGAAUUCCGAAGCAUUCUAGAUGAGGAGGAGUUCAAUAUUUGCAGAAAGUAUUGGGGCGUCCAUGCCGAUGGAAACAUCGACGCUAGAUUUGAUCCGCAGGGCGAACUUGCAGGCCAAAACACGCUAUGCGUCCGAUACGAAGUGCCAGCUCUCGCCAGCGAGCUAGGUAUGGAAACUGAAAAGGUCGAUCAAAUUGUUCAAAGCGGGAGGCGAAAGCUCCAGGCUUACCGGGAGAGCAAUCGGCCAAGACCGGCUCUGGACGACAAGAUCGUGACAGCCUGGAAUGGACUCGCCAUCGGCGGUCUCUCUCGAGCAGGUGCGGCUCUCAAGUCAUCUCAUCCCGAAGAAUCUGCAGCAUACAUCAAUGCUGCUCAGAAUUCAGCCGAUUGCAUCCGCACACAUCUACUGGAAGAGGAAACGCAAACGCUACGAAGAGUCUUCCGCGAAGGCCCUGGCGACACUCCCGGAUUCGCGGACGAUUACGCUUUCUUUAUUCUCGGAUUGAUCGAUCUCUACGAAGCGACUUUUGACAGCAAGUGGCUUGCGCUGGCCGAUCGCCUACAACAGACUCAAAAUCGCCUCUUCUGGGACGAAGAGAAAUAUGCCUUUUUCUCCACUCCGGCUGAGCAACCCGAUAUCCUCAUCCGCACAAAGGAUGCGAUGGACAAUUCUGAGCCCAGUGUCAACGGAGUCAGCGCUUCAAACCUCUUCCGGCUAUCCUCCUUGCUAAACGAUGAAACCUACGCCAAGAUGGCUAAGCGAACUCUUUCCUGCUUCGAGGUCGAGAUCAGCCAACAUCCGGGGUUGUUCAGUGGCAUGCUGUCCAGCGUCGUGGCUGCUGACAUGGGUAUGCGAAGCCUCAUUAUCUCGGGUGCAGGAGAGCUCGCCCAGGCUGCGGUUCGAAUCGCACAGGAAAAUAUCCGACCAAAUUACACCGUGCUGCGCGUCAGCGGCAAUGCUUCAGACACAACUUCUCCGUCCGGCGACUGGUUGCUUGAGCGCAACCCCUUGCUCAGGGAUCUCGAUGCAUCAGUCGACAAGGUACAGCUGUGUGAGGGUACUUCAUGUACAUUACUCGACCUGACCGCAGUCGAAGCACUCUUCAGUGCAUAG